AUGGCCGAGGAGUCCAAUACGCGCAUCGCUCGGCUGGAAGACAAGAUGGAGAUCUUACUAUCUGAAAUGCAGUCAUUUGUUUCCCAAAGGGCAUCCGAGGCUUCCGCCAAUGUUCUUCAGCCGCUUCAACCAGUUCAUAUCCUCGAUGGAAACAGCAUUUCAUCAUCCACGUCUUACUCGAGUGGCACCCUGGUUAACACCAACUCAGGGCUGGGUAUCAGUGGGGAGCCGACAUUUGCGAUGGACUCAAUUGCCACAUCAUCGCCGAAUCCAGGCCAAGCAGACGAACGGCUCGAUUUCUUCCGGUCCCGAAUGCUGCCGUACUUCCCUUUCAUCGAUCUUACUCCAGACAUGACAAGCUCGUAUCUGCGCCAAAACAGGCCUUUCCUAUUUCAAGCCAUCCAAACUAUUGCCAUAUUUUCGACGCAGGAAAGAGUGACUCAAGUCGAGGAGCUAAAGCGUGUACUAUUCACGUCUGCUUUGCUCGAAGUCCAGUCAAAUAUCGACUUGCUGCUCGGCUUAUUAACUUAUCUUGCAUGGAGUACCGACGCUUUCCUUGGCAGAGCAGACCUUAUCUCUCGUCUGAUGAUGCUCGCCGUUUCACUAGUAUAUGAUCUGCGGCUGUUUAAACCUACCACACCAGAUGUGCAGGCCAUGAUGUCUAUUACCCAGGGGCAGGCCGACGAAACUACUGAGAGCCCUAACGAUCAAAUGCCGGACGGCUUUUUGGAAAGGCAGAGGGCUCUACUAGCUUGUUUUAUUUUGAGCUCCAAGUGUGCAUAA